UUGUGACCAUUUGGAAGCAGUGGUCCAACAGAUAAAAGGCACUCAGAAGAAGAGGGGAAUCACUUCCAGCUUCCGGAAGCUGACACUUAGAAGUACUAAAUGAACUCUGCAGUGGCUGCAAAAUGGCCUCCAUCCGAGAAGUGUCCAGCAUUGCCGAAGAUCUGCUCUGUUCUGUCUGCCUCUCCAUCUUCCAGGAGCCCCGCAUGCUGGGCUGUGGCCACAAUUUCUGUCUGACUUGUUUGGAGAGCUGCGUCGUCCCCAAGGGCCAGCAUCAGGGGACGUGUCCUGAGUGUCGAUGCCCCUUCCGUCUUCAAGAUGCUAUGUGUAACAGAGUCCUGGCCAACCUGGCAGAGAAGGCCCGGCUCCUCAAGCUGGAGGAGGGAGCCCAGUCCGAUGGGAGCUGGUAUUUUUGUGAGGAACAUGAAGAACCUCUUAAGCUGUUCUGUAGUGAGGAUGAGGCACCAGUCUGUGUGAUCUGUCGGGAUCUGCCUCAGCAUCAGGGUCAUCGCUUUCUGCCUAUCAAGAAUGCGGUGAAAGAUUGUCAGGAUAAACUGAAGGCAUCUCUUGAAUCCUUGGAGGAUGGCAUGAAAAGGGCCACAAAUAAUAAGUCUUGCCAGCAGGAGGCAAUAGAAGAACUGGAGAGCUUAAGUCAACAUCUGAAUGGCCACAUAUUCAUUGAGUUUGAGAAUCUUCGCCGAAUCCUAGAUACUAAAGAGCAGAGCAUGAUGGACACUGUGAAACUGCUGAAGGAAGACAACAAAGCCAAAAUGGAAGAGAAGCUGGAGUAUUUAAAACAUUAUGAGUCUUCUCAUGCUGAGACCAUUUCUAUGAUCCAAGCUGCUCUUGAGGAAUCAAAUGAAUUUGCUUUGCUGAAGGUCAGCCCCCCUCAGUCUGCUCACCAAUGCUAUAGCUGUUUGCACUCGCAAUCUUGUUUUAUAGGCUUCCUGGACCUGCCCCCAUAUGCUCCAUGGGCUAACCUUCAAAAUGGUGUCUGGCCACAUUUUUCUCCUGGAAUCAAGAAACUGAUGCAAAGAAUCCAGGAUCGUCUAGAAGAAGGGAAUGGAGAAGCAGAAAUGAAGUGUGUUCUCAUGACCAUGGAGCCAAGAAAACAUGACGAUGCUGAAGAUGAGACAACUGGUGUAAAUGUUCCUGAAAGAAAGGGGAAUGAAACCAAAAAUUAUGAAGGGGAACCUUAUGAAGAAGCUCAGGAUGUUGAAGAAGAUCAAGAAGCUGAGGACAGAAGCAUUAUAUCUGUGGAUCCCGCUCUUCAGGAGCUGGAAGAGUGGCUAGAUUUUGAGACAUGGAAAGAAAUGUUGGAAAGCAUUGCUAUUGGGGAGAUCGACAACCAAGACUCACUCUACUGGUACCCAUCACUGGAGGAAGACACAUUCCCACCUGGAGAUGACAGUACUUCUGAGGCAACUGAGGAAGAAACGACAUCUCUGGAUGAAGAUUUAAUCUGUGCUGUAGAAGUUACCUCAGAACCAGAUGAAGUUGCCUCUGACAAACCUUCUCCAAGCAGCUGCUCUGACACAGCUCUGCCCAUAGAAAGAGUCCUCUACAAUCAACCACCUGGCCUCUGCACACCUAAUUACUUCCCGGUGCCUGUCUUCCAACAAAUGCCACUUUACAAUUCAGUGCAAAGAUGGCUGGAGAUCACCCAAGACAGACACAUUGAAAGCAAGAGGUGCUAG